CAGCUACAUACAACUGAAAUACUCUAAUGCUUUCUACGUUGUGUGUUUCUGCUAAAAAAACAAAAAACAAAAACAAAAACAUGUUGGAGACUUGAUUUCAAGCACGAAGGCACUAAUACUAGCUGUCAGUGCUAAUAUUAAACCCCUGUGUUUGCUGCUACGUUUGCUACCAAUGCAGGCUAAUUGAGACCAACAUGAAACCUACAUACAGCCUGUACAGCAGAGUUAAUUGGCUUAACGUUGCUUAUGUUUUUUAUAACCACUGUAUGAUAUGAUGGCUGGCCUACGACCUGCAAACGACCGCCUUGUUCAGAAAAACACAGGUGCAUCCAAAUGAAGCUUGUCUUCAACUCUCAUUCAUGUAUUAUUACACUAAUGGGGACUCGAGACCCGCCACUGGAUUUCUUGGUUGAAACUUAAACUCUUCUCCUGAGAGAAACUGGACAGCAACAGCCAUGCGGAUCAGUUUCUGCCAAGGCCUGCUAACCGGUGCCAUCGUCCUCAACCUCCUCAUUCUCUACUACGUGUCCCGGGCCCAGCAGCAGAUGAUGGAGAAGAGGAAGGAACUUGGCCGGGGCACGAGGAGGGCCGCCCUGCCAGCCUCCGGCCUUGGAGCAGGUCUGGGGGUUCUUGUAGGAGCUGGAGGUGACCCUGGAGUGGUCGGAGGAGAGGGACACAGUCGAGGCCCACGAGUGACCGUUCUUCUUCGGGAGUUUGAAAAUUUUGAGAACUAUGUUGGAGAUGUGGCUAAUUCCUUCCUCCAUCAAAGACCUGAGCUUCCCUUCUUGGCUGUGGCCGACUUGUCCCCGUACCCUCCGCUGGUUCUUCCGGAUGGGGCUCGGCUUCUAGUGCUCUCCCCGAGCCCGGAUCAGCCACCGCAAGCUCACAGGCCAGAGUUUCAUGUGCAGACUGAGUUUGUGCUGCUGGUGCCCGACGGAGUGGAGCUGGAGCAACCUCGGGCUAUCGAGAGGUUGAUCAGGGAGCUUGAAGGUGAAGGUGGGGGGCCUGUGAGGCUGGUAGCUGCACCCGUGCUGGCCCGGUCCGCUGUGCAGUGUCUCCACCUGCGGGUGAACCUCAGAGAGUGGACCGCCACGUACUCGCCGGCUGCAUCUGGGAGCAGCGGGAGCGUGUGCACGGCUUUACAGGGAGAUGCAAUCGUCCUCAUUCGCACUGAGGACCUUUUUAACCUUUCUGUCCCCCUGGGGCGACCCCUCUUCUCCUCACUCUUCAUUCAGACUGCCUUGAGAGGCUGGAAGGUCAAACUGCUGGAAAACCCCUGUUUCUCCGCAAACCACCGGCCCCUCUUCAGCUCCGCUCACAACCAGUGGAAGGCUGACACUCGACUGAAGGAGGCCACAGGGAAACUCAUGAGAAGCUUUGGAAUGAAGCGUCUCCUGAUGCCUGAUGGGAAGGAACAGUGGUACGGCUGCAGCAAAGAGACGCCUCGCUGCUUUGGCACUGUGCAGGACGACACUCCAGACUACCUGUAUCUGGACCGAUGGACGCCUCCCUGCUGUCUGCGAGCACUCAGGGAAACCACUAAGUAUGUUAUCAACAUCUUAGAGAGCUCAGGUGUGCGCUACUGGUUAGAGGGGGGUUCUCUGCUGGGUGCCAUUCGGCAUCAAGAUAUCAUCCCAUGGGAUUAUGAUGUGGACCUGGGCAUCUACCUGGAAGAUGUACCCAACUGUGAUCACUUAAAGAACCUGGACUCAGGCUCUCUGGUGGAUGCCAACGGCUACGUCUGGGAGCGUGCGGUGGAAGGAGACUUUUACAGAGUCCAGUACAGCGAGGCCAACCACCUGCACGUUGACCUGUGGCCCUUCUACUCACGUAAUGGCGUCAUGACCAAAGACACGUGGACAGAGCACAAACAAGACGUUGAGUUCCCAGAACACUUCCUGCAGCCGCUGGUGCCCAUGCCUUUUGCCGGCAUCACCGCCUAUGGACCCAACAACCACAGAGCCUUCUUGGAACUGAAGUUUGGAGAGGGGGUGAUUGAGAACCCCCAGUACCCCAACCCUGCAAAAAAGAGGCUGGACAGAAGCAAAUUAUGAGUGAUACUAGAGGCUCACAAACCCUUUUAUGUUGUACUGUAUUUGUUUACCUAAAAACGCAGACAACCUCGCCUCGUUUAUUUAAUUAUUUUUUUAACAGCCUAAAAGAUGUUGCGUGGAAACGGAAAUGGUGCCAAUAUGAUGUCGCAGUAUAAUCACGUGUGGUCGGAUUUUCUUUCUAAGUUUGUUUGGAUGUAAAUGAUAAUCUGCCUUUAUUUAUCAGAGUGGUACGACUUUGUUUGCAAGGGGCAUGAACUCUUUUUUUUUUUUAUUUUCCCUCGUGUACUGACAUCAGGCACAGUUUUUUUUUUUAAGUCAACAACUGGUUUUACUACAGUGUCCAAUAUCUGUAUGUGAUAUAAUGUAUAAAUACUACUGCUUUAAAGAUGAUGAAUACUUUAAAAACAAUGAUGAAUAUGCUUUUUUUUAAAGCUACAAUGUAGAUUAUAUCAAGCAGGAUUCAAGGUAUUGUACAGAACGAAGUAUUUUAUGAUUUCUUGACUGUGCUGCCUUGUUUUGUACUGUUUAUGAGUGAAUGUUGGUGUCUAUCAAUACCAUUCGGUACCUAAAAACUAUAAUGUGAGCAAAUUCUCAUGUGGUGAAAUGAGAAGUGCAUCAUCAUUCAUCCUAGUAUGGAUGAAACAUCACUCUAUUAGGCCUUUAUUUGUCAUUUAAACUAAAUAUGGAGCUCAAUUACAGGCUUUAUUAUUAUAUGAAAACACGUGUAUUGACUGAAAGAUUCAAUGAAAAAAUUUUAAGAGAUGUUACACGUUAAAAAAAAACAAAAAACAUCAGCUCCUCUGAUUGUCACAUUAUAUCUGUCAUGUUGUUUGUGUGUAACGUAUUAGAGUGUCUGUUUCAUGUACUGGUAAAUUCAAAUAUUUGUGACGUUUUAAUGUCUUUAUUUAUUUGUUUUGAGGACUGUUGGCAAAUUUAUUGUAAAUAAAGGAACGUGCAGUAAUGGCUACAGUCCUUCUUGAACACUAGAUGGCAGAGCACACCUAAAUAGUCCAACUAAGGCUGAGUUCACAAGUGCUGGCCUUAUAGGAGUUCUUCAGACAUAUGGCGGGAGUCCAGGGGGUGGAGGGUUUUAUGACAGGACACACAGGAAUGUAACUUUACAGGAAUGCGGCUGGCUUGUCCACACAAACCGGUCCAGUGAUGUAAAUGAACUUCACCAUCCUGCCUUAUUCACUUUUUGUCGCUCGAGGUAAAUUCCCCCUCGCUUACAAAUGAUCGCCAGCAGGGUUCAUAUAUGGUCUGGUAAUUAGAUGAAGCGUCUAUAGCGCCACAAGGCUGCGUGCGGUUAUUUUUGGAUGUGAAAACAUAAAGGAUCUCUGUGCAUUUUAAACACGUCAGUCCGAAGGUGACUGAAACAUAGCACAGCUCCUCCUGCAGCCACAAAUGUUUGUUUUUUUUAUUUGCUGACUUCAGUGUGUGUAAUUAUCCACUGCACUAAGUAGUGUACAAACACACACACGUGUUUGAAAAAGCAGCCAAGAGACAUCUUCAAACAAUUAAAAAAAAAAAAGGCCUUUAAUGUUUAAAACCUAUCGACAGUACAUUCAGAUGGUAACCGGGAAUUUAUAUUUUUGAAACAUAGCCCCACUGUAAUAAAAUCAUUACAUCUACCAUGUGCAAACGCUCAACACAAAUGCUAUGAUUGUACCAGACAGCCACGUGGUGUAAGAUUUCAGAAAGGAAUGAUAAAAAUCUGUACAACCUUGCACCAAAAAAACAAAGCAGAAA